AUGGCUGGCCCAAAAUCGGAGUCAAGCGCCAAAACGGGCAUGACGUACUCUCACGGUGCCAGGUUCAAGUGCAAGGUCGGAGGCGAGUGGCGACCCAUCACCGAGUUUUCCAAGAAUCAGAGAAAGCUCAUCGAGCACCAAAUCGGACGAGGCGGCCGCGUUGACACCACCAACUCGGGCAUGACUUGUCGCCACCACACCUCAUCCACGGUUCGCGAGCUCCGUUGCGAGCUUUGCCAGCUUAUCAAGCCCGAAGAUGAGUUUAGCACCAACAGCAAGAAGAGCGAGGACAACCUCUGUCGACGAUGCGUUGCAUGGGGCGAAACUCAGGAGCCCGAGGUCACCCCGUUUGCCCUUGAAACGGGACAUAUCUCGGUUGAGGAAGACAAGAAGGAGGUCUGGAGAAAGGGUUACUGGGACAGCUCGGACUUCUUCAUUGGCGCCAAUCCGCAGGCGCCGCUCUUGGAUAUGGACACACUCGGCCUUAGCCACCUCAGCAAGGAGGAAAUGGAGAGAGCACGAUCUGCCAUUAUGCGCAAAGCAAACCAGGGCCAGAUCGGGGUACACGGUCGCGACACGCCCGCCGAUUCCAACUCGGCCACCCCGUCCAGGGUGCGAUCCCAGGCCGCGGCUUUGCCGCCCCAUCUCGAUCGAGCCCGAGGCACGGGUGCCACGAACACCGAGAUGGAUGGCGCAUCUGUAAAGACAGCUGGCAGCCGAGCUCCUUCGAACGACACAGCGCAGAAUUCUCAGGCCGCGCCUCUUGCCUGCAACAUCCCGCCGCACCUUCGGAGUCGAAUCAACCCGGCCCCGUCCACGGCCGCGCCCUCAGUCUCGGGUGGCCAGCCCGCCAGCACUGUCUCGACUGCUACGACGGUGAGAGACGAGAGGCAGCGGAAACAGGAAGCCAAUCAGAUGGUGUUCAACGCCUGGGGUCCGGACGGCCGACGGCGCACUGCUGUGAAGAACCCAACGGUCGCGUCGACGAUGGAUCAGAAUUCUGUGGCUAACGGCGCUCCUGAGCUCGACGACGACGACAACGACGGCUGGCAAGUCGCGACUGGCGGCAAGGGAAACCGCGGCAAGGGUAACUGGCAUAAGGCGCCGCGGAUGCCUCAGUCGGAAAUGGGCACCAAGACGAGGUUCCCGCACAUCAGCGCCCGCCACGUCGACCCAAAGGUGGACGAGCAGCUUCGUGCUAAGUAUUGCCACUCGGACGACUCGGAUUACUGAGCGGGAGUCGCUCAACCCAUGGGAGCCGUGGGGAGUAAAGUGGCCAAUGUGGCGAUGGUAACCUAGUUGGCGUGCUUGUGCCGUGGGACACGGGACUGGCGUUGAAAGGAG